UUUUAAAACCCGGUGUCUAUGAUAAAAUUAAAUAAUUUAAUUUUCCCAUCAAUACUUAGUCGAAAUUUGCAACAUUUCACUGUUCCCUCCAAACCUAAACCUAUAUCGCGUCGUGCACCAUAUACUGUCGCGACGCCACCACCACUUUCCUCCUCGCCGCAGGCCGUCCAACCAUCUCUCUUAGCUUCAUCUCCCUCUUUCCCUUCUUAGAUCGAUGCCUCUUCCUCUCCCGAUCAGGGUUGACUCACGACGCAUCUCCUCCACCUCCUCCCUUUGGGGUUUCAGAGUAGUAGCGGCGGAGGGAGGCAAGAUGAAGACGACUAGGGGGAAAGGAACCUCACCGCUGCCCUCUUUCCUCUCUCCCUUUCGAUCUUUGCUACAAAGAUGCUCUUCUUCUCGUACUUCAAGGAGUUGGUAGGUAAAGAAGUGACGGUGGAGCUGAAGAAUGAUCUCACCAUCAGAGGAAUCCUCCACUCCGUCGACCAAUACCUCAACAUCAAGCUUGAGAACAUCAAAGUCGGAUUUGGUUAAAUCAAUUCUGCGCUUCUGACACGCCAUCGGAAUCGAUCGACCAUCUUCGAUCUCCAUGCCUUACGAAGCUUUCCUUUCCCUUUCAAUACCACAAAUCGUACGUGUAGCCGACAUGGGGAAUUGCUUGGGGUUAUUCUCUUCCUCGAGGAAGUAGCUAGUUAGAGCGACAGCAGAGGGCGACACAGAGGGAGCGAAGAAGUUGCUGGAGAUGAAGCCAGGGCUGGCCAGAUCCUCUGGCUUCUCCUCUCCGCUGCACAUUGCUGCUGCAGGAGGCCAUUCUGAGAUUGUGCUGCUGCUGCUCGAGCAUGGAGCAGGCGUGAACUCCAGGAGCUUCUACGGACGGACGCCAUUGAUGGAGGCAUGCCGCAGCGGCUGCUGGGAGGCAGUGCAGGCCCUGCUCGUGUUCGACUGCGACGUUUCCAAGGGUUCGUACUGGAAUGGCCGGACCGCGCUGCAUUCCGCAGCUGAGGGUGGGCACGUGGCCUGCAUCAGGCUGCUCGUCGCUGGGUUUCUGUCUGCCGGGGGGGACGAAGCCAAGCUCGAUGGUUUCGUAAACCAGGCCGCGAGCAGCGGCGUCACAGCUCUCCAUUUGGCUGCGUUGAGUGGAAACGCAGGCUGCGUGCGCCUGCUGCUCGACCUGCACGCUGCUGUCUCAGCUGAGGCACUCUGUCUCUCCUCCCCUGUCGUAGCCUCGAUAGGAGCUGGAAGCACUCUUUGCAUUAUGCAGCAUCCACCGGAAACCUCAAGAGUUGUCAGGUUGGCAAGCUCUCAUUUCAUCACCGCCUCAAUAUCAAGCAUGACUCCAGGCUCAAGGGCCUCAUCAAGAUGUUGGAUUUGACGAUUAAUCUGGCGGCAAUCUGCACUCCUGCUGAUUAUCACACCCGCCCACUAGACACCAUCUUCAGUAAUUUCAUUGAUGCUCUCCCAGUUGUAUUGCUCAGAAAACAACAAAUGCGUCAUUCACUUCUCAACAUGUGAAGUGUAUGGGAAAACGAUAGGAAGCUUCCUACCCAAUGAUCAUCCUCUUAGAAAG